AAAAUUCAGAAGAUACUGCUAUCGUUAGACUAAGUAUCGGAAGAAAAAAAGAAAAAAAACGGACACUAAAUCUAAACAACGCCAGUAAUAAGCAAGCAAACAUGGUGCUGAAUAUCCCUGGUUUAGUGGCAGUCAUCAUCUUCUAUAUCGUCAUCUUAGUCAUCGGACUUUGGGCGGCCCGCCGGACUAAAGGCGAAACCAACAGCGAGAAUGUCAUGUUGGCCGGGCGGAACAUUGGAACAUUUGUCGGCGUAUUCACCAUGACAGCUACCUGGGUUGGAGGUGGAUUUAUUAAUGGCACUGCAGAAACCGUGUACAGGGACGGCCUAGUGAAUUGUCAGGCUCCACUAGGCUAUUCUAUUAGCCUUAUUAUUGGCGGCUUAUUUUUUGCCCGCAAGAUGCGUGAACAAGGUUACGUGACCAUGUUGGACCCGUUCACACAGACCUACGGAGAGAGGAUGGGAGGGCUGAUCUACAUACCGGCACUGCUGGGGGAGGUGUUCUGGUCUGGGGCCAUACUCGCCGCUCUAGGGAGUACACUUCGAGUAAUUAUAGGACUCUCCCAUGAAGUGUCCAUUAUAUCUUCGGCUUGUGUCGCCGUCUUCUACACUCUGUUUGGGGGACUCUACUCCGUGGCUUACACUGAUGUUGUCCAAAUCAUCUGUAUUUUUGUUGGCUUGUGGCUUUGUGUUCCAUUUGCCAUGACCAACGAAUUGGUAGAAAACAUUUCCGUCAAUUCAUCUACUGAGUGGAUUAAUGGGGUGGACAGAGAGGGAGUUGGGGUAUAUAUAGACUCAUUUCUUAUGCUAGCCUUUGGAGGAAUCCCAUGGCAGGUUUAUUUCCAGCGAGUUUUGUCCGCAAAAACAGUCAAAGCAGCACAACAACUGUCAUUUCUUGGUGCAGCAGGAUGCAUCAUCAUGUCGGUUCCUUCGAUUCUGAUUGGCGCCAUUGCAGUCAACGCAGACUGGAAUCGCACGGCCUUUGUGACAAAAGACAAUUUCAAUGCUUCUGAGAUUUCCAGUAGAUCGUCCGAUAUUUUACCCUUAGUUCUGCAAUACCUCACUCCAGAAUGGGUAUCUUUCUUUGGAUUAGGCGCGGUGUCUGCUGCAGUAAUGUCGUCUGCUGAUUCCUCCAUCUUAUCCGCCAGUUGUAUGUUUGCCAGAAAUAUCUACAAAAUGAUAAUUCGGCAAAAGGCUUCAGAGAAAGAAGUGAUCUGGGUGAUGCGGAUUGCAAUAUUUGGCGUUGGGGCCUUGGCAACAGAAAUGGCGCUUAGUGUAGAUUCCAUCUAUGUCCUAUGGUAUCUUUGUUCCGACCUCGUAUACGUGGUGUUAUUUCCCCAACUUGUUUGUGUGAUCUAUCUAAAGAAGUCUAAUACAUACGGCUCACUUCUGGGAUACGUUGUCGGUAUGUUUUUCAGGAUUGCUGGCGGCGAGCCAACACUGGGUAUUGAUGCCGUCAUUAAAUAUCCCUACUAUUCUGAGGAGCGGGGCCAAAUGUUCCCAUUCAAGACCCUCUGCAUGCUGAUGUCGUUAACAACAAUUAUUUCCGUUUCCUGUUUGACCAACUUUUUGUUUAAAAGGAAAAUCGUUCAUCCUCGUUUUGAUAUAUUCAAAUGUGGGAUUACAGAAGAAUGCAAGGACAAAAAAUUGGAAAAAGACACAGUGACAUCUAUUGAGAUAUUUGCAAUACAGAAGUCAGAGCUUGUAAAGUCCACAGAGGAAAUGAAAACAAAGCAAUAGAUUUUGGUCUAACCUUUAUAUUACAUGUACAAAGUAUACUGUAAAAGUGUUUAUUUAGGCUUGGGGUUACUUACGUGUUUUUCCACGUCCAACAUUACCCGGGGGUGGGGGAUACGCGGUAACUGAAUAUAAUAUAUAUUAUAUCAAGUAUUAUAACUAUAUGCGUGGGGAAAAUUUACGCGUUUAUAACGUGACCGCGUAAUUAGUGUAGAUUAGUGUAGAUUCCCCCCACGCGUAAAUAACCACUUUUACAUAGUACUAAUAAUGAAUAGCAGAAAACUCAGGUCCUUUACUAUUUGUGUUGUAGGUAGCUAUCAAUCAAGAAUAUGAGUACACGUCUGUACUCUUUUAAGAUCAAGCUUAAGUGGGCUACCCCGAAAGUGAGAAUUUACUACGUGUACAUGCGUAUACUCGAAUAGAUUUUAUUGUAUAUGUGGACUUGAUUGAAAUUGCUAACCAGAUGUACAUACCAGUAUGAUAUGCAUGUAAAUUACUGUACUAGAAACAAACAUAACAGAGAAUUAAAUGCUUUCAUUUUGA